UCAGGCCUCGGCUAUUUAAGGGAGCUGGGCCCAGCCAGAGGCUGCGACAGAUCCAGCCCAGCCCCCUGGGAAUCCAGGAUGGUGACCUCAGCGGGCACCCUGCCCUCCCUCCUGCUGGGAACGCUGCUCACAUUCACCUCCGGGGCGCUGGGGGCCAAUCCCGGCCUGGUCGUCAGGAUCACCGACCGGGGCUUGGAGUACGUGGCCCAAGAGGAGCUGUUGGCUCUGCAGAGUAAGCUGCACGAAGUCACGCUGCCCAACUUUGACGGGGACGUCAGGAUCAAACAUUUCGGCAGAGUGGACUAUGAAUUCCACAGCCUGAACAUUCAGAGCUGUAAGCUGCUCGGCUCUGCCCUGAAGCUCCUCCCCAACCAUGGCCUGCAUUUCUCUAUCUCUGACUCCUUCAUCCAGGUCACAGGAGACUGGAAGGUGCGCAAGAGGAUACUGAGACUAAAAGGCUCCUUUGACGUGAAGGUCAAAGGCAUCACCAUUUCAGUGAAUCUUCUCUUGGACAGUGAGCCCUCUGGGAGGCCCAAAGUCGCUGUCUCCAGCUGCAGUAGCCACAUCCAUGACGUGGAGGUGCACAUGUCAGGAGAUUUGGGGUGGCUGCUGAAUCUCUUCCAUAGCCAGAUCGAGUCCAAGUUCCGCAGGGUCUUGGAGAGCAAGAUUUGCGAAAUUAUUCAGGACUCGGUGACCUCUGAGCUACAGCCUUAUCUCCAAACCCUGCCAGUCACAACGAAGAUUGACCAUCUCGCUGGCCUUGAUUACAGCUUAAUGGGGGCCCCUCAAGCAACAGCCCAAAUGCUGGAUGUGAUGUUCAAGGGAGAAAUUUUUAGCCUAGAGGACCGCUUCCCAGUUGCUUUCCUUGCUCCUGUCAUGAACCUUCCUGAGGAACACAGCCGAAUGGUCUACUUUGCCAUCUCUGAUUAUGCCUUCAACACCGCCAGCCUAGUUUAUCAUAAAGCGGGAUUCCUGAACUUUACUAUCACGGAUGACAUGAUUCCACCUGAUUCUACCAUUCGACUGAACACCAAGUCCUUCCGCGCCUUUGUUCCCAGGAUAGCCAGACUGUACCCCAACACAAACUUGGAGCUCCAGGGAGCAGUGAUCUCUGCCCCAUGCCUGAACUUCAGCCCUGGGAAUCUGUCCACAGCCGCCCAGAUGGAGAUCGAGGCCUUUGUGCUCCUGCCCAACUCCGUCAAGGAGCCUGUCUUCCGGCUCGGUGUGGCCACUAAUGUGUCUGCCAUGUUGACCUUCAACACCAGCAAGAUCACUGGAUUCUUGGAGCCAGGAAAGAUACAAGUGGAACUGAAAGAAUCUAAAGUUGGACGAUUCAGUGCGGAGCUGUUGGAGGCACUGCUCAAUUAUUACCUUCUCAACAACUUUUACCCCAAGAUCAAUGAGAAGUUGGCAGAAGGCUUCCCUCUCCCUCUGCUAAAGAGAAUUCAGCUCUCCGACCCCAUUCUCCAGAUCCACAAGGACUUCCUGUUUUUGGGGACCAACGUUCGGUACCUGAGACUUUGAGGGCAACGUCAAAGACAGGGCUUGGAGGCCACAGCUGGAUCGCCAAGUUGCAUUUCCAGAUGUGCAGCACUUUCCUGGAGAUUCUGGGAAGAUGAAGAAGUCUCUGUUAUCAGCUGUGGGAACCUGGCCUCUAACCCUACCCUUUCAGCUGGUGCACCCACACCUUCUCUGACUCCAGACUUUACUUUCUCACCAGGGUAGACCAUCCCCACCCACUGACCUAUCCUGUCUUUAAGGGCAGGCACUGUCUUUUUUAUUCACCACCGAAUCUGUGCCUAGCAGAGUGCUGGCACAUAGUAGGUCCUCAAUAAAUAUUUAUUGAAUGACUCAA